UAUGGCCCUUCGUCCCCUCACAUGACUAUACAACGAUCAGCAACGGUCUACUCUUGUCUCUCUCUCCUCUCUCCUCUCACUUUGCGAGCCUGAUUGCUUAAAGGCAGCAAGAGAUUCUUCUCACUUUUUGCAAACAUUCUCCCCUAUACCACUUCCUCUGUGAUCAGAUUCGGAGGCCAUAUUUAGGCACAAGGUAAGGUCCUCAAGGACGUGUACGUGCAUAGGUAGCUAUCGCCAGCUUACUUUGCCGUGCACUGGCACUUUCCAUGCCGCGGCCAUCAAUGGGGGACGGAGUGUGCGGGCUCUUGGUCGACGACCACUGCCAGCUCCGCCACGUGUCGGAAGCCGAGGACCUGUUCAGCAUCCUCGAGACGUGGGAAGAGUGCGUGAACGGCGCCGGCGGUGCUUCCCCGGCUGUGGCGCCAGCGUUUAGCCAGAGCUGCACCGGUGGUGCUGUGGCUGGCGCAGUGAGCGCUAGACCGAAGGGGAACAGCCGGCGGCGCUCGGGCGACGAAGAGAAAUGCUACGGCGGUGGCGCUCCGGUGCAGAAGAAGCAGAAGGGCUCGGCGCUGGCACAGGAUGCGGUCGCAGACGAGGGGGCGGCGAAGAUGUCGCACAUCACGGUGGAGCGCAACCGGAGGAAGCAGAUGAACGAGCACCUCGCCGUGCUGCGCUCGCUCAUGCCCUGCUUCUAUGUCAAGAGGGGAGACCAAGCGUCCAUAAUAGGAGGUGUGGUGAACUACAUCAAGGAGCUGCAGCAGGUGCUUCGUUCGCUGGAGACCCAGAAGCACCGCAAGGCGUACGCCGAGCAGGUUCUCAGCCCGCGGCCGACGGCAAGCCCGCGCCCACUGCCUCUCAGCCCGCGGCCGUUCAUCAAGUCGACGCCGCCGCUCAGCCCCCGGGUUCAGUUGCCGAUAAGCCCCCGGACGCCAACCCCGGGCAGCCCGUACAAGCCCUGCGGCGGGGCCGGCGGCAGGCCCCUGCACCCGGCCGCCGCCGCGGCCUACAUGAUGUCACCAGCCAUGACGCCGACGUCGUCGUCCUCGUCCAACUCUCUCGAUCAGCAGCACUACUCGCUGCAGCCGUACCUGCCCACGCUAGACAGCAUCGUGACCGAGCUCGCCGCCAGGCCCACGGCGGCCGGGCUCAUCCUCCCCAACGUAAAGGUGGAGUUUGCCGGACCGAACCUGGUUCUGAAGACGGUGUCGCACCGCGCGCCGGGGCAGGCGCUCAAGAUCAUCGCCGCGCUCGAGAGUCUCUCGCUCGAGAUCCUCCACGUCAGCCUCAGCACCGUCGACGAUACCAUGUUGCACUCCUUCACCAUCAAGAUUGGGAUCGAUUGCGAGCUCAGCGCGGAGGAGCUCGUGCAGGAAAUCCAGCAAACGUUCUUGUAACGCGCGUGCAGUAGCAAGCCGGCCGCAAACUGAUAUAAAACUGCAUGCGUGGCUUAACAGGAGCAGUUUCCGUGCAACUGUGUGGCUGUGCGAGCUGUAGGCUGUAGCUAGUUAAAGAUCAUGUUAUUUCCAUCAGUAGACGUGUAGUACGUUAGGAAUGGUUAUUGUUUUGAUUGCUUAUGCUGAAUAAUCCCUUUCGAUCUCGACCG